AUGGCCAAAUUGCAAGAUAUCAAGUCGAUGGAUAUUGACCUGGGAAACAUACCUUUAGAGGAUGUGUUUAAACAUCUAAACAGUUCGAGGGAGGGAUUAACAUCAGGAGAGGCCAAAGCCAGGCUCGAGGCUUUUGGGCCAAACAAGCUAGAAGAGAAGACGAAAAGCAAGCUUUUGUUAUUCUUAGGGUUUAUGUGGAAUCCUCUCUCAUGGGUUAUGGAGAUUGCUGCUAUCAUGGCCCUCAUUUUGGCCAACGGAGAUGGCAAAUCACCAGAUUGGAAAGAUUUUGUCGGAAUCAUGUCGUUGUUGAUCAUCAACUCCACCAUUAGUUUCAUCGAAGAGAACAAUGCAGGCAAUGCUGCUGCUGCUCUCAUGGCAGGUCUUGCACCCAAGACUAAGGUAUUGAGAGAUGGGAAAUGGAGUGAGCAGGAAGCUGUCAUUCUUGUCCCGGGAGACAUAAUUAGCAUCAAGUUAGGAGACAUUAUCCCAGCUGAUGCACGUCUCCUUGAAGGCGAUCCUUUAAAGAUUGAUCAGUCUGCACUCACCGGUGAGUCAUUGCCUGUCACUAAGAAGCCCGGGAGUGAAGUGUUUUCAGGAUCAUCCUGCAAGCAAGGUGAGAUUGAGGCUAUUGUCAUUUUCACCGGAAUCGAGACUUUCUUUGGUAAGGCAGCACACCUUGUUGACAGCACUCAGAACAUCGGCCACUUCCAAAAGGUGCUUACCGCCAUCGGUAACUUCUGCAUCUGUUCCAUCGCCAUUGGGCUCGUCAUCGAGAUUGUAGUCAUGUACGCAAUUCAACAUAGGAAGUACAGGAGUGGAAUUGAGAAUAUGUUGGUCCUUCUCAUUGGAGGCAUUCCGAUUGCCCUGCCAACAGUGUUGUCGGUAACCAUGGCCAUCGGUUCCCACAGAUUGUCGCAGCAGGGUGCUAUCACGAAGAGGAUGACAGCCAUUGAAGAAAUGGCCGGGAUGGAUGUUCUCUGCUGCGACAAAACCGGGACCCUCACUCUAAACAAGCUUACUGUUGACAAAAAUUUAAUUGAGGCAUUUUCAACAGACGCGGACAAAGAUCAUGUGAUCCUCCAGGGAGCUAGAGCAUCCAGGAUAGAGAAUCAGGAUGCUAUUGAUGCUUGCAUUGUGGGAAUGUUGGCUGAUCCCAAAGAGGCAAGAGUCGGGAUUACUGAAGUGCAUUUCCUCGCGUUUAAUCCCGUCGAGAAGCGUACUGCUAUUACGUAUAUUGACAAUAAGGGAGACUGGCACAGAGUGAGCAAAGGUGCUCCUGAGCAGAUCAUUGAGCUUUGUAACCUCAAGGAUGAUGUAAAGAAAAAAUCCCUCUCCAUCAUCGACAAGUUUGCUGAUCGUGGACUUCGUUCCUUGGCAGUUGCUGAACAGACUGUACCUGAGAAGACGAAGGAGGGUGCUGGUAGCCCGUGGGUGUUUACCGGUCUCUUGCCACUUUUUGAUCCUCCAAGGCACGACAGUGGGGAGACAAUCAAGCGCGCUCUUCAUCUUGGAGUCAAUGUUAAGAUGAUUACCGGUGAUCAGUUGUCUAUUGCGAAAGAGACUGGCCGGAGGCUUGGGAUGGGAACGAACAUGUAUCCUUCUUCCUCACUUCUCGGGCAGCACAAGGAUGAAGCGAUUGCAAACCUUCCUGUGGAGGAGUUGAUUGAGAGGGCUGAUGGCUUUGCCGGAGUCUUUCCUGAGCAUAAAUACGAGAUUGUGAAGAAGUUGCAAGAGAGGAAGCAUAUAUGUGGGAUGACAGGAGAUGGAGUGAAUGAUGCCCCGGCUCUGAAGAAGGCAGACAUCGGCAUUGCAGUGGCGGGUGCUACUGAUGUUGCGAGAGGUGCAUCAGACAUAGUAUUGACCGAGCCAGGAUUGAGUGUUAUCGUGAGCGCUGUCCUAACGAGCAGGGCCAUCUUUCAGAGGAUGAAGAACUACACAAUCUACGCAGUUUCCAUUACCAUUCGUAUCGUGCUUGGUUUCAUGAUACUUACACUCAUCUGGAAGUUCGACUUCUCGCCCUUCAUGGUUCUGAUCAUUGCAAUCCUCAACGACGGAACCAUCAUGACCAUCUCCAAGGACAAGGUGAAGCCAUCCCCCAUGCCCGACUCGUGGAAGCUCAGGGAGAUUUUCGCAAGUGGGAUUGUGUUUGGCACUUAUCUUGCUAUGAUGACUGUUGUUUUCUUCUGCAUUGUUCAAGAAUCUACCUUUUUCACAGAUGAAUUUGGUGUGAGGUCAAUCAAAGACCACUACCAUGAACUCAACUCUGCCAUUUACCUUCAAGUGAGCAUUGUGAGUCAGGCUCUCAUCUUUGUGACCCGGUCGAGAAGAUGGUCUUACAUAGAACGUCCCGGCCUUCUGCUUGUGUUUGCUUUCCUAGUAGCUCAGUUGAUUGCAACUCUGAUUGCUGUGUACGCAAACUGGGAGUUUGCAAGGAUCGAGGGCAUCGGGUGGGGUUGGGCGGGAGUGAUCUGGCUAUACAGCCUCAUCAUCUACGUCCCUCUCGACAUAUUCAAAUUCAUCGUUAGAUAUGCUCUAACCACGAAAGCUGGGAAGAACAUGACCGACAACAAGACGGCCUUCACGUCGAAGAAAGAAUACAGGCGGGGAGAGAGAGAAGAGAAAUGGGCAAUGGCUCAACUCACACUCCACGGCCUCAAAGCUCCGGAGAGCUUCAAAGACGAUAGCAACAACCAUACUGAACCAUCAGAUAUGGCUGAUCAGGCCAACAAACAGACAAACGAGUGACUAUAACGCGAGAGACAUAAUUUUUAUUGAGCCCCACACCCUCGUUGAGACCGUGGCACGAUACAGCAGAAGUACACGGUUUAGACAACAAG